AUGCUAGACACAGCUAGCAAUGGGAACUUCCUCAACCAGGAUGUAGAUGAUGGCUGGCAACUUGUGGAGAACAUAGCUAACUCAAAUGGAAGCUAUGGAGAAGAGUAUGAUCGCACCAACCGGAGCUCGACCCACCACUCGAUCGAGUCAGACGAAAAGUUGAGAAAAGAUGUUAAGGCAUUGAAUGAGAAGUUGGAUAAGCUGAUCCUAGCUCAGUCCACAAUGAAGAAAGUCAACUUUGUGUCUGCUGAGGAGAUGGAACCAGUCCAAGAAGGGGAGGAUACACAAUUCGCUGAGGUGUGCUACAUGAGCAAUGGGCAAGGAGGUUACAACAAAGGAUACUAUAAUUACAAGUCCAACCCUGCCAUGUCAUACCGCAACACUGAUGUUGCUAACCCUCAGGACCAAGUAUAUCCUCAACAACAAGCAGCUCGAUCGAGUCAGGUGCCACAACAUGGGUAUGGUCAAAAGAACAAUUACCAAGGACCACAAGGCACUUUCCCUGGACAACAAAUGAAUAUCCCACCAGGCUUCCCCCACCAACCGCCCCAGCCUGCACCUUCACAAGAGAAUGAGCUCAAGGCAAUGCUAAAGCAACUACUUCAAGGGCAAGCUGAUGGGGUAGUGGACACAAGCAAGAAGCUAGCUGAAAUAAACUCUAAGAUCGAGAACCUCAACACAAGGGUUUACUCUCUGGAGAAUCAUGCUUCUUCUGUUGCUGCUGCUACAAAGCAAGGACAACUACCUGGUAAAGCUAUUCAGAACCCCAAGGAACAGUGCAAGGUCAUCUUCACUCAAGAAGGACUUGUUGAAGAAGAGGAUCAAGAAAGGGUCAUUGAAGAUUUUUGUUUACUGCUGAAUGAUGAAGAGAUUGUUGCUGCUGAGGCUCCUGGAGUCCAGAUUGAUCAACCAGAAGUGCAUGCACCUACUGUGGCCAUUCACACUUCACCAGUUGAGCUCGCACGACAAGCUCGAUCGGCAGCUCGAUCGAGUCCAACUCUAGCUCGAUCGAGUCCGACCUCUUCUGUCCGACAGCCUGUUUUGCUUGAUCCUUAUCCAACCGGUUGCCGCUUCCUCGUCUCGCCUACUUAG